GCAAUUUGUGAUGUUCUGAUUCUUGAUGGUGCAGAUGGGAGAUUCUGAGCUUGUGUACACUCUGGAUGAAGCACUUGCUAUGGUUGGCUUUGGCAAAUUCCAAGGUCUUCUGCUAGCUUAUGGAGGAGUUGGUUAUAUUGCUGAUGCAAUGGAGAUUAUGAUUCUCUCGUUUAUCGGGGCAGCAGUUGAAGCCGAGUGGCAUCUCUCUCCCGGUGAGAAGAGCUUGAUAUCAACUGUGGUGUUCGCAGGGAUGUUGGUCGGUUCGUACGUCUGUGGUGUCAUAUCCGAUGCUUAUGGACGAAAGAAGGGAAUCCUAUGUCUUGCCAUUGUUACAUCUGUUGCCGGGCUGUUGAGUGCCUUUUCACCGAAUUAUGCAUCGUUGCUCGUAUUUCGUUGCCUAGCUGGAGCAGGCCUCGGGGGCAUGCAUACCUUCACCACAUGGUUUUUGGAGUUCAUCCCGGCACCAAACAGAGGCGUCUGGAUGAUUGUCUUUUCAAGUUUCUGGACCGUUGGAACGAUAUUUGAGGCCGGUCUGGCAUGGAUUGUCAUGCCAAAACUUGGCUGGAGGUGGUUACUAGCAUUUUCUGCUGUACCAUGCUUCGUCAUCCUUCUCUUGUACCGUUUUGUACCAGAAUCUCCAAGGUUGUUAUGUAUGAAAGGAAAAUUCGAAGAGGCUCAUGGUAUUCUGGAAAGAGCAGCGCGCGUUAAUGGGACAACGCUCCAGAAUGGGACACUUGUUCUUGAUCACAUCAAGGAUGAUAACGAGUUUGCAGCAGCACCAGAAGAUGCCCCUGUAAUCGAUGAAGUAGACAAUCACAAAUCAAGUCCGUCUACUUCAACGAUUUUUCUCCUUUUUUCCCCAAAACUAAUUACAACUACCCUUGCUUUGUGGUUUCUGUUUUUCGGGAAUACCUUCUCAUACUAUGGUGUUAUACUGCUGACGUCCGAGCUGAGCAGUGGUGGAAGUAAGUGCACCCCAGCCAACGCGCAUUCAAACCAAAGCCAACACGCAAACCUUUAUCUCGAUGUUUUUAUUACCAGUUUGGCAGAGGUUCCCGGCCUUAUCGUGGCAGCCUUCAUUGUGGACAGAGUCGGUCGCAAGCUUUCCAUGAUAAUCAUGUUCGUGGUAGCUUCAAUUCUGCUCAUUCCUCUAUUAACUCAUCAGAUUGAAGCUACCACCACAGCUCUUCUGUUUGGGGCUCGUGCGCUAGUGUCAGCAACGUUCAUAGUUGCCUGUAUUUACGCUCCAGAGGUAUAUCCAACUAGCAUAAGGGGAACUGCUGUUGGACUAACGACUGCUAUCGGGAGAAUUGGGGGCAUGAUAUGCCCGCUCGUAGCGGUAGCUCUGGUUGCUAAGUGUCAGCAGACAUAUGCGGUGAUACUUUUCCAGGUUGUGAUUCUUGGCUGUGCUCUCAGCGUCUUCCUCUCCCCGUUCGAGACCAAGGGUAAGAAUUUGGUAGACGUACUUCAGAAUAAAUGAUCGUUCGAUUAUUUCGAUCGUGUGUUGAUUGUUGUAGAUUUUGGUGUAUGGUCUACAGAAUGCCUGCCCAAAGUAAAUAAAACCGGAUUUAUUUGUAAUUUCUCUAUCUCUUCUAGUUAUUCUUGGAUAAAUA